UUGGCAUACCGUGCCACACCCCUUGAGAGUGGACUCUGCCCAGCAGAAUUGUUAAUGGGAAGAAAGAUCCGUACUCAAGUCCCUACUGUUCCAGCGCAGCUAAUCCCCAGUUGGCAUUACUUGGAGCAGUUCCAAGAAAAAGAUGCUUCCCUCAAAGCUAGACAAAAGAAGAACUUUGACAAGCACCACUUUGCAAAGAACCUCUCAGACCUCUCCCCUGGAGAACGUGUUUGGUUACCGGACCAGAGGGUAGAAGGGACAGUUUUGGACAAAGUUGGCACCCCACGGUCUUACGCAGUAGAGACCCCAAAUGGCGAGCUGAGGAGAAAUAGACGCCACCUGAACCUCCUACCAGACCCACCUGAAGCAGGAAACCAGAGAGACAGUGCAGUUCCUGAUCAAGCCUUGCCCAGUAUUAAGAUCAACAGUCCUAUCCAGACCCCGACAUCUACUACUCCUAGGAGGACCACACGAAGUGGUCGCGAGAUAAGACUCCCAGAACGUUUUAAAGAUUAG